AUGGCUACUGCUACCGGCGGCAGAGCGUCCUCUGCCUCUUCUACCCCGGCGGGGAGUCUGGUCGAUGCGUCGGGGUAUAAGUAUGCCGAGAAGGAUACCAAACCUGGGAAGAUUAAGUUGAAGAAGUCGGCGGCGAAUGCUAAGUCCGGGAAGAAGAAGGGUGAUGUGCCUGAAUCCCCCGGUUCCUCGUCGCCUAUAUUACCUGAUAUCGAUGAAAAGACUAUGGCUGCGUUCCCGACGGGGAAGCCCCGCGAAGAAGAUCAUCUCGAGACGGUCAUUUGUAAGACGUGCAAGAGACCGGUGUUGAAGCAGAAUGCGGUGGAACAUAUUCGGGGUUGUAUUCGCGCGAAGCAGGAGAAGGCCAGGAAGAAGAAGGAGGCGCGAGAUGCGGCGAAUCGCGCAAAGGAGAAGGGUGAUAAGGAUGGUGAUGAAGAUGUGGGUGCUGGUGAGAAGGGUGAGGGUGGUGAAGAUUCGAUGAAGGGUCAGAAGAGCGCGAAGAAGUCCGCUGUCAAGGGGAUGGCGGAGGAUGGGACGAAAAAGGGGAAGAAGCGCAAGACGGAGGCCGGGGAGGAUGAUAAGGAUAAGGAGCCGAAGAAGAAGAAAAAGAAGGAGGAGCCCAAACCGAAGGUGCCUAAACCGAAGGGCCCUGUUGAUGUUGAGAAGCAGUGUGGUGUUACUUUGCCGAAUGGUGCGCAGUGCGCUAGGUCGUUGACUUGUAAGAGUCACUCGAUGGGCGCGAAGAGAGCUGUUCCGGGGCGUUCGUUGCCGUAUGAUAUGCUGUUGCAGGCGUAUCAGAAGAAGAACCAGGCGAGGCAGCAGAAGGCUGCUAUCGAUGCGAACGCUCCGCUACAAGAUGAUUUGGAUAACAAUGGGCCUGUCGACUCGGACGAAGAGAAAGAUACUGUCAUGGCAGCCAUUUCUCGCUCUCACCCAUACCCGAUGGUGACGCAUACGUUGAUCUCGACGAAGAAGAAGUACCAAUAUGUGCGGAUCAAGGAGAUGCUGUCUCAUGCAUUGGGUGGUUCACGCGGUGGUGGGCUCUUCUCGACAGGAGAUACUCUCUCCUCUCCGUUUCCGGAUGGCGGCAGCCUGUUCACCCCUGUAGAGGAGGUGUCAGUGCCCGAGCCUAUGGCCGUGGAUGAGCCGGAGCCGGCAGAGACGCAGGAAAAUGCGACAGAUGCUGGUGCGAAGACACCUGCACCUGAAGCCAAGAAGGUGCCUGUGGCGGCUAUCUCGUAG